AUGUUCGUGCGCGUAUAUUCGUGCAUUUGUGGGGAGGCAUCGACGUCGGUGGCGCCAACGCCCAAGGCGGAGCCCAAGGCGGAGCCCAAGGCGUCCAAGACCAAGGCGGAGGCGCCAAAGCCAAAGCCGACAGAGGCAGCCGCGCCUAAGCCGCCGGCGCCGAAGGCAAAGGCUCCCCCCACGGCCCCAACGCCCAGGGCGGAGCCCGGCAAAACGGCGAAGAAAGCGGAGGCGGAGGCGGAGACUCCCAAGCCGCAGCCAACGGCGCCGCCGAAGGCGAAGGCGCCGGAGGCGGCGGCGCCGGAGCCCAAGGCCGAGCCCAAGGCGGCGGCGAAGGCCAAAGCGGAGCCCCAGCCGGCGGCGGAGGCGGCGCCGAAAGAGCUGCCAAAGCAGAGUCCGAAGGCUCCGGCUCCAGCGGAGCCCAAGGCCAAAACGGUGGCAAAGCCGAAGGCGCAGGCUCCAAAGCCCAAAGUGCCAGCCGCAACGGAGAAGGAACCGAAAGCAGCCGCGCCACCAACGCAACAAAGCCUCGGCGCUGGAAAGAAUGGGGAAGAGAUGGAGAUGAGGCUGCGUGUCCUCAAACGCAAGCUGCUGGGAGACUCUGCGGUGGCAGCAACGACCGCUGUGGCAAAGCUCCAAGCGAGGCUUCUAAGGCUGAAGGCGGAGGAGAAGACAAUCGCACUGACCACCGAGGAACUGGAGGCGCAGUUGGGACGCGUGAAGGCCGAGCUGGAGACGGCUUUGGCCAAGCGGCGAAAAUGCGAGGAGGAGUUCGGCUCUCAUGACCGACUCAAGGUGCUCGAAGGCCGUCCGGGCCCGCAGUACCUCGAAAGGCUCUUCGGCAAUCUGGCAGCAAUGUUCGUCGGACAUGCAGCGGGGCUCGUUGCCGUUAAUGCCCCUAGAAUUGCGGCGUCAUGCUCUGCCAAUGCAGUGGAGCGAGGAAGUCUCACCCUCUAUGGUAGUUGGGUGACCCCUGUCAUGAUAGAAUCCGUGCAUUUGUCCGACGGGGCAGAUCGACCGAUGGAGCGGGACGCGUCGAAGCCACCGGCCAGGCGGCGACGCAUCGACUGGGCAGCCAAGUCGCAAGCGUGGCAGGAGACCAUCCCGAGUACCGCUUCGACAUGCUCGCGGAGGAGAGAGCUGGCGCUACCUGUUCACAACGAGGACCUCACUCACCUCGCAGCUUCGCAGGCACGGCUGCCGCCUCCUUCGCCCAAAGUGGCGCUUGCCAGCUGCACUCGCGGGUGCCGGCCAGCGCGGCUGCGCGAAUGGCUUUUCUGGCAUUUGGCGAAGGGCAUCCGGCUCGUUCUUCUUCGCUGGGAGGGUGCAAUGGGCCAAGAGCAAGAGGAGGUCAUCCGCGACCUGCGGGACAGCGGCUGCUUGAUCCUGCUGGAGUCCUCCUUGCAGGGCAAAGCGUCGAGCAGCUUCCAACGUGUCAUGACGCGUCAGAUCAGGUUUGUGCACAAAGCUAUCCGGGCAGCUCGAGCCCGGAGAUGCGACUUCCUGCUUCAUCUCGAUGAUGACGAGCUCCUCUUCCCAGAGACCGGCAGCAUCCCUACGCUGCUACGACAAUACGUGGGAAGCAGCAAGAGAUUGAAUUCCCGGAGAGUCGGAGUCGGAGCCCAGGUGUCUGCACUUCGAAAACCUGGAGGCAGUUUUUCCCUUCGACUUUCAGACGGAGUGCCCCUUCUCGCGGCGCCUCACGCGCUUCAG